AUGAUUGUCUUUCAGUUUUUCGGUACCGCUUUCGCGUCGCACCAACUAAACACGAGAAAUGAGUAUCAUUCACAGUUUGGAAGCACUGUCCAUCCACACAAUAUGUGUGAAGAGACAAGUUGCUGUCAACAAGGUGCUUUUUUAACGCAAGAUAGCGGCUUAGGACUCGCAUCCAUGGAUUACAAUGUGGACACUGCUUCCGGAAUGGAAGAGACAUUUGGUUUGAACAUGCAUAGUCGUAGAACACUGCUGCACGAGAAUAAUACUUAUGGAAAAGAAAAAGGAAAAAAGAAAAGAACUAGCAAACGCAGUGUUUUUAAUGAUGAAAGUAACACGAUAUCGUGUAAUCCAUUUUCUCCGGCGAAUACUUCCAGCGAUGCUCACGGAUACAAUAGUCCGCUUGGUAUCUGUCACGAAAAGAAUGAUCCACAUGGAAGGCCAUUCAAUCAGUUGCUGGAUAGCUGGGUUGAUCAGGUAGCUACCAUAUACAAUGAAGCGAUAGAAGUGCCGAGUACUUGCACGCCAGAUUACCACAAUCCAUGCAGUGAACCGGUUCUAUCUUCUAUGAACACAAUUCCGUCACGUGACAUGUCUGAUGAGUCACAUAACAGCAAUCACGCAACAUCAGAUCCACCAUCAGAUGUUCUUUCCUGUGAGUCAAGUCGAUCUUUUGGUUUAUUCGCUGUUCCACUUCCGGUUUUUUCACCCAGUAAUCCACCAUCAAAUAGAUUGUGUGAUGACGAGUCAGACAUGCCUGAGUAUUUUAAUUACUUAGACUGUGCUACCCCCGAUCCCUCCAGUCUUUACGUUUUUGAUGUAUUCAGUCCUAGUAACCCAAAUUAUGAUGAAGGCACUCCAUUCCAUCAGUCUGAUGGUACACAUGAUAUGAACCAACACAGAUCUACCGUUGGAAAGGGGACGAGGUCUCGACGAAUGACUGCGAGUCAACCCCAUGAAUCUUCUAAACGACAGACACCGCCUGAGAAUCAACGAACUACACCUACUCCCGAUCAAUAUCGUAACACCAAUUACAAUUCUUAUCCAUCAGCAUCAAAGCUGGUACCUCAUGGUACAAAUACAGGGCAAAUUUCUCCACCAACGGUUUUCACUAGUCCUGGAGCAACGGAUAGUCAAUAUUCUCAUUUAACAAGCCACAAGUCACCAGUAUUUACCUAUACAGAACACUUUGCAGUGCCCGUUGUCACAUCUCCAACACAUGUCGGAGAGCCGCUUAACCACUACCAUGAUAUUGCACAAAACUCCUCAAUGUCUGGCGUUUAUUCCGCGAGCACAACAGAACAACAUAACUUGGAUCAUCAAGUGCAUUCGGGAGAGCAAUCCAUGUUAGACUCUUCCAACUUUUCUAGUUGCAACAACUUCAACCAAGAAUAUUGUCCUCGGGUGACACGGAUUGACUCAGAUGACAGUCAUGCCACUUAUUUCGACGAGCAGAACUAUCUUGACCGAAUUACGCUCCAACCAUUAACGCCAGUCGUUUGCUCACCAAAUCAACUUUUCGGUGAGAAUAGUGGUUAUCAAGAACAAAUGGGUGCAAGCAGCUACCACCAAUUGUCUGCGCUUGUGGAAAGUAGCGUUGAGAGCCCUAUUAUCACGUCAGAAAUACCAAUGCAGGACCAAAAUACACAGAGUUCGGCAAACAGUGUUUCGCAGUGUAUCGCGUUAGAACCUCAGGAGCUUAACGAUGAGCAAGCUCUUAUAUUUAGGUUUAGAGAUUUAGUGAAGCAGUGCGAGCUAGGUUUCGAGAGCGAAGCAUUGAAAUAUUUCGGUGACUGUUACAUGAAUUAUAUCAAUGCUUCUGAAUCAGAGUGUUCGAAUGACAAUGAAUAUGAUUACGAUUAUUUAUCGGAUUAAAUGGUGAGUAGCAAGCCAAAAAAGGAGUUAAUACGUGCCAUUAAGUAAAAUCUUAUUAUCUCA